AUGAUGACAAAUGGACUGGACAGGUCAUCGAUAAUGGAUCAACGAGAGCGAGUCAACAAGGAUGGGCGAUCACGAGAACCGGAUUCAAACACGAAGUUGUGCAUACGAAGAGUACGCAAUUUUGCGGAAUGCCGUCCUGAAUCGUUGAAGCUUAAGCUAUUCAUGCGUGCUGUAAAUAUGCGACUAACGACUGAUUUCGAUGCCAAAGAGAAGACAGAUGUUGGGAACUGUGAUGGAGAAUACGACUGCGAAUGGAAUGACCAGACGAAAGCUAUCGAGUUACAGUUGCCAAACUGUGAACUGACAUGCAUGGCAGGCGAUCCGCUUAUGCAAAACGACUGUCGCGACACCUAA